AUGUCGCCCUCAGCCGCACCACCAUCUCCUCAGGAAGUUCACCGUAAGCUGUCUAUAUCAUCAGUAGCGAGAAACAGCAAACCUCCGCCGCCUGUUACUGUUCCUACUGUAUCUGGCAACGAGUCCGAUUCUGACUCUAUCCCAACGCCAGACUGGAAUAUUUCUCCAUCAGGCAUGAUUUCUGGUGCAUCUGGGACAAUAUUACCUGGUUCUCUGCAGCAACAACCGCUGUCGUCCAUCGCUGAACGUCGGUCAGGAAGUGGCGAGGAUUCCGAAGAUGAUGACGAUGAAGGAGAAGGCGGUUGGAAAACUGCACAAGUGGGCGAGGGUCAUGCUCAAGGCUCCAUAGAUGAAAGUGUGAUCAAAACUGGAUAUCUCUGGAAGAAGGGCGAGCGGAGAAAGACGUGGAAGAAGCGUUGGUUUGUGCUAAGGCCGGCACAUCUCGCGUAUUAUAAGACGGCAGCAGAAUACCAGUUGUUGCGGUUGCUUGAACUCAGCGAUGUGCACUCCUGCACCCAAGUGUCACUCAAGAAACACGAAAACGCCUUUGGGCUAAUUUCGCCUGUGCGAACGUUCUAUCUUCAAGCCAAGACUCCCGCUGAAGUUCAAGAAUGGGUGACCGCAAUUGAAGAGGCUCGACAGGCUUUGCACGCUUCUUCAACUCAAACUUCGACUUCUGCGCCUAUACCGAUACCCAGAGCGUCGAAUCAUCCUUCCACACCUCUGCCGAUAACACCUUCCCCUCCUUCGUUUGUUUCCCAUAAUGCCACCUCGUCCGACUCGGAAGAUGCUUCGCCGUCAGCACAAUCAGCACAACGUACAUAUUCGACAUCAUCGCAAACCCGACCUGUGAUCGGCUUCUCGCCCUCAAAGUCACAGCCCUCUGCGUCACCGAAGGACCCUAGUAAAGUAGUGCUGACUGGCUACUUGAUGAAGUGUGGGUCCAAGAGACGAAAUUGGCGGAAACGCUGGUUUGUUAUGUCUGGAGAAAAACUGAUAUAUUCGGCUAGCCAUAUGGAUACUAAACCUCAUCGCCAAUUUCCCUUUUCCGACAUUCUAGAUGCGCUCGAAUACGACGUCGUCUCUAAUCGUCCACACUAUCCUCCUUCGGUAUCAUCACCUCCCAAUUUCGAAGGCGGUGGCAGUGAAGGACCAUCCACUGCCCAUACAUUCAAAAUAAUAACAACCAAAAGAACCUUGUUACUGUGCGCGCCUACUGAGGAGGACGAGAUUAAAUGGUUAGGUGCUGUUCGUGCACUGAUUGCACGUCGUUCACUCUCUGGUGAUACCGCAAAGGCACCGCCAUCAGGAGGUGCAUCGAAUCCGGAUACAAGUCCACAUAGUUCUGGCUUCACGACUUCUGGUGGAAUCAAAGGCAAAGUGCGAAGAUUGAGUGCAAGCGGUGGAUCCGGGACCAACCGCGAGGAAGUCUCUUCUACUGGGCAAUCGUAA